GAGAAAGGGUAUCUUUACUGCAGCUUUCGUCGAUAUGGCACUCCCAACCACCGAAAUCCUUGUUUUCCCCACUUCCGAAGCAUACCAGAAGGAUCCCAGUAUAGUAGCAGCUCCUCUCGACAUCGUACUGAAAGCCCCAGGAGUACAAGAUGCUUUCUAUGGAUUACAGGUCGAAAGCCCUGACACUGGAUACAUCUUCCUCAAUUGGGAUAGCUUGAAGCAUCAUCAUGAUUUUAUCGCCGCGCCAUCGUACCCAAGCCUCAUCGAAUCUUUGACCCCCUCUCUCGGCGGCGCCCCCCAAAUGUACCAUGUCCAAUUCUCAGGUGUCCUCAACGCCCUCAAAGAACCCAUCACCGAGGUGUUCACAUUCAAGCUGAAUGCUCCCGAGCAGCGAGAGAAGGUGGUUGGUUUGCUCAAACAAGCCGAGGAAGUCAGCAAGGGGAUGAUCGUGUUCGGGCAGACGGUUGAGGACGAGAACCUGUACUACAUGGUCUGCGGUUGGCCCAGCAUCGAGGCCCAUCAGGAGAGAUCGGCACAAGCUGACACGCAAGCUGGUCGUGAUUUCUUGGUGACGGCGGGCGAAAUAGGGAUCAAGCACACAAAGUUGACGCUCUACACCAAGUAAACAUCAAGUAGAAACCUUGCGGUUUGCAUCAGAUUGCUGGCUGUUGUACGACUAUUGUUAUUGGUAAUAUCUAAGAGAAAAUGGAGCAAUGUAUUCCGUGCAGUUAGUAUAUGAAUGUGAGCUGCAAAGAAAUAAGAUGUAGACAUGCAGAUUCAA